AUGGGGGACCACCGUGACCGGCCCCAAGGCCUCUGUGGCUUUUCUCAUGUGGGCCCUCCAGGGUCCCGUGGCGUGGUGGAUGUGGCGCAGAUCGAAACCAAGGAGCAAUGUUGGUAUUUCCUCCGAGGUUGUUGCAGUAAGGGCCUCGCAUGUCCUUACGCACACCACGAGCCCUACCAAGAGGCGAACUACCAACAGGGUUUGCAGCAGCUUCUGCAGCAGCCCCUGGAUUGCGACCCCAACUCGCUGGUCUUGGGGGUGGAGGAGAUGAAGGUCCCAGCGCGCUUUGCCAGAGCACUCAUCGGAUAUGGUGGUGAAAACAUUAAGCUUUUGCAGCAGGUCACAGGCUGUCGGGCCUAUCUAGAAGCAGCCAAAGAUGCUGAGGGAGAAGAUGGCUUCCGAAUUCUGAAGAUCCAGGGAAUUCCGCUGCAGCGCGCACAUUGCAAAGAACUGGUGCAAAGUCACUACGCCUCUGCGCAGCAGGCGAAGAUGUUGAAGUACGACAACCACAGCGCCACGGAUCCGCUCUAUACCGCCGUGAAGGUCGCCUUGAGCGCCCAUGGUGCAGAGGACUUGGAAGACGACUUGGAGUUAGCCAAGAUUCGCUCGAAGAUAACGCAAUUUGCACGAAAGUGCGGAGAGGGCGUGGACGUGACGUGUACCAAAGAACCCUCCUUUGAGAUGGUCGUGAGGAAGCUAGCGCGGAACUUCUUCAGCCCAUUGUGUCAGACGUAUUACGAGAAGAACUGGUUCAACCGCACAGACUUUCAAUUGGUCCUGGAGGCGGCCGUCCGAGAGUUGGUGGACCCCGAGUUGGUGGCUGCCCACGAGGGCCUUCUGGAGAGGCUCAUCUGUGAAAGCCACGACUUGGCGAAGGAGGAGAAGAGUUUCUUGCCGCAGAUCUGGGAACUCGCCAGGCCGCUCUUCGAUGGGCAAAAGACUCGAAAGACGGCCACCUACGCCCUGGAGACGGGGCGAUACAACGCCCUCAUCGGUCACGAUGAAGGCACUGGCACUGAACGUGCAGAGAACUUUCUGCGCAACUGGAUUCAAAGCACUUUGGACUCCAUCACCAUGGAGUGUGGAGAUCCCUGUGCCAUUGCCACAGAAGAGAAACUCACGGAGGUCUACGCUGGUUUGCUGAACAGCUGCAACGAGGAUGGAGCCUCGAUCGCGUUGCCACAGCGCUGGGCUUGUGAAGCCUUGCCACCGCCCGAAGGUUGGCGCAGCCUGGUCCAGCAACUGAUUGCCGCUGGGGUAGUGACCUGUCGCGUGCGAGUGCAGGACAGAAGCGAAGGCAAGGCAUCAGGCAAGGGAGGCAAAAGCUCCAAGGGCGUGAAGGGCCCCAGAAGCCCUGCGCCGCCUGCAGCAUCACCCGCUCCCAGCGCCGUGCCCGGGUCGCUGUCGGCGGCCUUUGCAUGGGGCAAGGGGCAGGACUACCCGGAGCGACCAGCGGAGCCCUUUCAACCUCCUCGGCGGCCCAGCACCGCACCGCACGGCGAAGGUGUUGGUUUGCCAAGUGUCUAUGUGAGACGUCGCGGAAACUACGGCACCGGCAGCUAGGAAGUGCUGUUAGCUGUCCACAGUAGCUGUUAGAUUCCGAAAAAUAGUUGCUGCCGGGUGGAAAGGAAAGAAGAGUCAGACAUGGUGCACAGUUUGCGAUCAAGACAAUCUGCAUAUAUUUGCAUGCAAAAG